UCCAGUGUUCCUUCUUCCUCUCCUUUUUGCAGCACACUGUUGCAAAAGUUGUGUCAUUCACCUGGUUUGAUUAGAUAUAUUGUCAGUAAAAUGGCUUCAUUGAUCAGGAGGAUUAUCAGCACAACAAAAGCUCCUGCUGCUAUCGGCCCGUACAGCCAGGCGGUGGUGGUAGAUCGGACCAUGUACAUCUCAGGACAGCUGGGGAUGGAUCCUGCCAAUGGACAGUUGGUGGACGGUGGCGUCCAGGCUCAAACCAGACAGGCUCUUGUGAAUAUGGGUGAAAUCCUUAAAGCAGCUGGGUGCGGUUAUGAGAACGUUGUCAAAACCACAGUGCUCUUAGCCGACAUGAACGACUUCACCAAUGUCAACGAUGUUUACAAGCAAUUCUUCACCACCAACUUCCCAGCCAGAGCUGCCUACCAGGUUGCUGCUCUUCCCAGAGGUGGACUGGUUGAGAUUGAAGCAGUUGCUGUUUUGGGCCCUGUGACCGAUGCUUCCUAACAAGAACAUCUAUCAAACAAUAAAACAUUUGAAAACUCAUUAUCACUGAAAAAUAUGAUCCUUGAUUUGUAGUCUAAGCAAGAACUCCUGUAUCGCACUAAUCAUUUUUAUUAUAGAUGUUUCACCUUUUGUAAGGUAUAUAGUGACUUAGUGCUGUCAAACCUGUUGACCAGGUCACCGUGCAGACGACCAGCAGUCAGUCUCAGGGUACUUUCUCCUCCUUCAUUAACAUUGAUGAGACACGUUUGCUGACAACAAUGCAUUUUAAAUUCCCUCUGCUCACGUUUCACUCACAAUAGCUGAAAAGUAUCUAAGCUUGUUUGCUGCAUUGAAUUACACCAUCAGCCUGUGUUGUCACCAGCCAUACCCAUGACAGUGUAUCCUCUCUUAUUAUGCCAGAUGAUAGAUGAUUAAAUAUAACUCAAUAAUAAAUGUUUUAAUUUA